GCUCUCGAUUCUCCACCAAAACACCGAGCUCUCGCUUCUCACAAAUUUGCUCUCUUAAUUUCCAUUUUUGUCUGACGCCUCCUAUUAGUCGUUGUCCCUCUCACUCCCCUCGCCGUAUUAUCCAACGAUCUCGCCGGAGGGAAACGUUCCCCGGCGUUUCCCGAUUCCCCGGAUCCGAUUUGCUCAUCGAAUCUCAUCAUCAAUUACCAUUAACCUCUGCCUUUUCUUCUUUCUUUUUUUCCCUUUUUCAUUUUUCCAUCUGACUUCAAUUUGUCUCCCUCUUUUCCCAAUUCACUCGCGUAUUCCUUUCUCCAAUUCCCCAAUGGAGGACUGCUUCAGCAGCGAUGAGGACUACUACGACUCCGAUCGAGAGUCUCUUCACGGUCUCGAGAACGAGGAGUCCGAAAUUCAGUGGGCCCCCGAGGGUCCCGCGACUAAGGUUAUUACUAAAGAAUCACUCCUUGCGGCACAGAAGGAGGACAUGCGUAGAGUAAUGGACUUGCUAUCAUUGAGGGAAUACCACGCUCGGACCUUACUCAUUCAUUACCGAUGGGAUGUAGAGAAAUUGUCUGCAGUAUUUGUGGAGAAAGGGAAAAGUUACUUGUUUGCUACAGCUGGUGUUACUACGAUUGAGCAACAAAGUAAUAGUUCCUCUGAGCCUUCCUCAAUGGUGAUGUGCGAUAUCUGCAUGGAGGAAGUACAUGGCAAUGAAGCAACAAGGAUGGACUGUGGUCAUUGCUUUUGCAAUAACUGUUGGACUGAACAUUUUAUUGUGAAAAUAAAUGAGGGCCAGAGUCGGAGAAUCAGGUGCAUGGCCCACAAAUGUAAUGCUAUCUGUGAUGAAGCAGUUGUUAGGAAUCUAGUUAGUAAAAGGCAUCCAGAUCUUGCCAACAAAUUUGAUCGUUUUCUUCUUGAGUCGUACAUUGAGGAUAAUAAAAGAGUCAAGUGGUGUCCAAGUACCCCUCAUUGUGGCAAUGCUAUACGCGUGGAGGAUGAUGAGUUUUGUGAAGUAGAAUGUUCGUGUGGUCUUCAGUUUUGUUUCAGCUGCUUAUCAGAAGCUCACUCGCCAUGUUCAUGUUUGAUGUGGGAACUUUGGAUUAAGAAGUGCCGAGAUGAAUCUGAAACAGUUAACUGGAUUACGGUACAUACAAAGCCCUGUCCAAAGUGCCACAAACCUGUCGAGAAGAAUGGUGGCUGUAACCUCGUCAGCUGCAUCUGUGGUCAAGCAUUUUGUUGGCUGUGUGGUGGAGCUACCGGUCGAGAACAUACUUGGUCGAGUAUUUCUGGACACAGUUGUGGGCGUUACAAAGAAGAAUCAGAACAGAAAGCUGAACGAGCAAAGCGGGAUUUGUACCGCUAUAUGCAUUAUCAUAAUCGGUACAAAGCUCAUACAGAUUCUUUUAAGCUUGAAAGCAAAUUGAAGGAAUCAAUACAAGAGAAGAUCUCAAUUUCUGAAGAGAGGGAAUCCAUGCUCAGAGAUUUUAGUUGGGUAAACAAUGGACUGUACAGACUAUUCAGAUCAAGGCGGGUUCUUUCGUAUUCAUACCCAUUUGCAUUUUAUAUGUUUGGGGAUGAGCUCUUCAAAGAUGAGAUGACACAGGAGGAAAGAGAGAUAAAGCAACAUCUGUUCGAGGACCAGCAACAGCAGCUUGAGGCAAAUGUUGAGAAACUGUCCAAGUUCUUAGAGGAACCGUUUGAUCAAUACACUAAAGAUAAGGUUAUGGAGAUAAGGAUGCAAGUCAUCAAUCUGUCAGUUAUCACUGAUACCCUCUGUAAGAAGAUGUACGACUGUAUUGAGAAUGAUCUUUUGGGUUCUCUCGAACUGGGUAUUCACAAUAUUGCUCCUUACAAGUCGAAGGGCAUCGAGAAGGCAUUGGAACUUUCUGCUUCUUGGAACAGCAGAGCAAAUACUACAGACAAAUAUCUGCCAUCAGACUGUGGUACAAGUGGGGGUUUGUCAGAACGCGAUCGAUCCACUGGCUUGAAUUCUGAGGAGAAUGGAUGCUCUUCUAGGAAGCGUGCCAGAGCAGAAGGUGUUGCUGGCAACUUUUUUGAUCUAAACUUGCCUGCUGGGGUGGUUGAUAGGAACUGAUAGAUAUCUGGAAGUUGCGUGGUUAUAAAGUACAGUUGUACAGAUCUGACAUAAAACAUUAGCUUCUUUAGCGUGGGGCCGGGUAAUCGAGGAUUGGUAUCCCAGGUGCAUUUAACGCUUCACUCUUUGUUAAUCAUCUUUGUCUCGGGUUGAAUAUAUUCUCUUCGGCUGAGCUAUUUUGAAAGAGAAUCUCGGAAGUUGAUGUUCUUUGUUUCCAUUUUCUUUUGACGAAUCGCCAAAUUGUACAUAGCCGAAAUCGGGCUUUGAUGAUGGUAUUUGGAAUGUAAAUGCUAAGUUCUCAGCUUGAGACAAACAUAUGGUAUAUGCAUUUUGAGAUGGUCUAAUAUUUUCCGACUGGAAGUGAAGUUUCAAUGUUUUA